AAAACACACUGAGCUGAUGUGGAAGACACUUAUUUGGGAGAAGAGACAACCACUAUCACCUGCAUUCUGCAGACACUAGAUGCCUGUCUCAACCAUGAAGGUAACUGUAAGUGCUCUGCUGCUCCUGUUGUGUGGCCUGGCUGUGCUGGCGGACCACACUGAAGUGGCAGCUACAAAAUCCCCCAUUGAAACCAACCAGGCUGACAUACACGCAGUGCUGAGAGAGAUGAGUGGCCUCCUAGCAGAGACCAGAGCAGAGCUUAGGUGUGCCAAGUCUAAACUGGAGGGCAUGGAAACUAGGCUGGCAGCUAGUGAGGAUAAGGCCGAGGGUUUGGAGAAGACAGUAGAGGAACAGAGAGCUGUAAUCCAGAAGCUGCAAGAGAAACAGAAGGAGCAAGAAGGGGUCGUGGAAGCAGUGGAAGCAAGGGUGAGCACAAAACUGAAGAAGACAGUAGAGGAGCUGGAAGCAGUGGAAGGAAAGAUGAACACGACAGGGAUUCAGGUAGAGGAACUUAGGAGGGCACAGGCGGCAGAGAGAGUGUCCUUCUCUGCCUCACUUAAUAUAUCUGGUAACAUUGGACCCCUACAUCCAACACCAAUCCUGGUCUACAAACACGUCAUCACUAACAUUGGCAACCACUACAACAAAAACACAGGCAUCUUCACAGCUCCAGUCAGAGGGGUCUACCACUUUCUUGUAUUUGCUUAUGGGGUUGGUGGCAGCCACGCCACUGGGGUAUUCCUACAUAAAAAUGGAGACCCCAUCGUCAUCGCAUACAGUCAUCAGACAGGUGGCAGCAUAAGUCCAUCAAACGGGGCGUCCCUGCUGCUGGAGGUUGGAGAUGUGGUGUCAUGA